UAGGUUUGCUGGCAUGGGUAACCUGCUCAAAGUCCUUACCAGGGAAAUUGAAAACUAUCCACAUUUCUUCCUGGAUUUUGAAAAUGCCCAGCCCACAGAAGGAGAGAGAGAAAUAUGGAACCAGAUCAGCGCAAUCCUCCAGGAUUCUGAGAGCAUCCUCGCAGACCUACAGGCUUACAAAGGAGCGGGGCCAGAAAUCCGAGAUGCAAUUCAAAACCCCAAUGAUAUUCAGCUUCAGGAGAAAGCUUGGAAUGCAGUGUGUCCUCUGGUUGUGAGACUAAAGAGAUUUUAUGAAUUUUCCAUAAGGCUAGAAAAAGCUCUACAGAGUUUAUUAGAAUCACUUACCUGUCCGCCCUACACGCCAACCCAACACCUGGAGCGGGAGCAGGCCCUGGCAAAGGAGUUUGCAGAAAUUUUACAUUUUACCCUUCGAUUUGAUGAGCUGAAGAUGAGGAACCCAGCUAUUCAGAAUGACUUCAGCUACUACAGAAGGACAAUAAGUCGCAAUAGGAUCAACAACAUGCACCUAGACAUUGAGAAUGAAGUCAAUAAUGAAAUGGCCAAUCGAAUGUCCCUCUUCUAUGCAGAAGCCACACCAAUGCUGAAAACCCUUAGCAAUGCAACAAUGCAUUUUGUCUCUGAAAACAAAACCCUGCCAAUAGAGAAUACCACAGACUGCCUCAGUACAAUGACAAGUGUCUGUAAAGUCAUGCUGGAAACUCCGGAAUACAGGAGUAGGUUUACGAGUGAGGAAACACUGAUGUUCUGCAUGAGGGUGAUGGUGGGGGUCAUUAUCCUCUACGACCACGUCCACCCUGUGGGAGCUUUCUGCAAGACAUCCAAGAUUGAUAUGAAAGGCUGCAUAAAGGUUUUGAAAGAACAGGCCCCGGACAGUGUGGAGGGUCUGCUGAAUGCCCUCAGGUUCACUACAAAGCACUUGAAUGAUGAAUCGACUUCCAAACAGAUUCGUGCAAUGCUUCAGUAGAGUCUGCUCAGAGAAGAGGAUCUAUGUACUGACCUCAGAAGAUGUAUAUGUUUACAUAAUUUAAUACAGAUUGAUGUUAAUACUUGUGUAUUUACAUAACCAUUUCCUUCUUGACACUGAAAUAUAUGGACCUUAAUUUGUAUUCUGACUGACGACUCAACCCAGCACAGCAUAAAUUGACUUGAGAGCCUUACUUUUGAUGUUGAAAAAAAAAAAAAAACCCUGCUCCAAAGGCAAAUUCUGAAGACUUUAAUCUUUGCUACUGGAGUCCUCUAACUACACCUGUAACAAUCACAAAUCCCUAAUAGUU